AUGUGUGAAAAUCAACAGGAGAAUUUUGAUGCCACACAUGAUGGAUGUGAUGACAGUGACAAUAAAAGAGGUGGAUAUGAUACAUGCCAUAUAUCUGCAAGUACAGAGGCGCUUGAUGAAAUCCAUGAGAAGCCGGCUGAUGGGCUUCGCUCUGAGACAGAGACAGGUUUUAACAACUGGAAGAAAGCCUUAGAAAAAUUCAACUGCCACCACAUGUCUUCUGCACAUCGUGCUGUUGUCGGCAACAAGAUGGCUAGAGAAUCAGGCAUUUCAGUCUAUGGUCAGAUUUCCACUCAGUAUGAAUCACAACAAAAGCAAAAUCUUGCAAGUUUCAUGAACGAAUUAAAAAGCCUUGUAUUUCUGCUUCGUCAGGCACUGCCUAUUCGCGGUCACGAUGAUGAUGAGGGCAACCUUCAUCAGUGUUUGAAGAUCUGCUUUAGUGAGCACAAAUGGACAGAAGACGGAAGCUAUUUGUCACCUGAAAUAGUGAAUGAACUUAUCCAGAUAAUGGCACAUUCUAUCCUGCGCUGUGUGCUGGCCGACAUCAGACAAGCAAACUGUGCAGAGGUCAGAGGUCAAGCGUACGACGGCGCAAGCACGUUUCAAGGCCACAUUUCUGGGGUUGCAAAGCGAUUCAGAGAUGAGGUUCCAUCAGCCAUUUCUGUUCACUGUCUGGCCCACUCAGUGAAUCUUGUGCUGCAGGAGACUGCAAGAAAGACCAAGAUUAUUAGAGAUGCACUUGAUUUUGCCCAGGAAAUAAUACAGCUUAUUACUUUGUCACCCAAGCGUCAGGUGUUGUUUGACACCAUACAAAAAGAAGCAGGAGGAUCCUCGCCAACCAUUAAGCCCCUCUGCCCAACUCGAUGGACGGUAAGGACAAGAGCGAUGGAAUCUCUAAUAAAGAACUAUGAGAUUUUGCAAGAAAGACUAGAGGUGGUCUCCGAGGGCAGCGACGAGUAUGCUAGAAGGGCUUCUGGUCUCCUGAUGCAGCAGUUCUCGACAUUUGUGGGCCGAUCACUGGCACGGACUGUGUUUGCUGUAACCGAAGAAUUGUCAACAGCACUACAGAAACAGUCAACAUCUUGUGAGGACGCUUCUUCUGCAGCUAGUGUCUGCAUAUACACAUUGCAGAAAAUGCGUUCCGAUGAAUAUUUUCUAGAUUUUUUCAAUGAUGUUAAAGCCAAGGCAAGCAGACUAUGCGAUGCACCACGCCUUCCCAGGCAGAGACAAGUUCCACGACAGUUUGACGAAGGCUCAGAGGGACAUUGGUACACAGAUAUUGCAGCCUAUGAUAGACAACAGUACUUUGAAACCCUAGAUCACAUAGUCGAAAAUAUCCAAAGGAGGUUUCAUCAAGACAGUUUGAACGUGCCGAGACAGAUCGAAAAGCUACUUUGUGAGGCAGCACUAGGCAAAAGCACGGAAAUUCCUAGAAAUAUCGUCAGUACCUAUAUAUAUAUAGCUCUGACAUUGACUUUACCACACUGA